AUGCCACUUCUCAUUGAGGAUACCUGGAUCAAUGGCCAGGCAACUUCUUUCGAUCUUACUGAGCUUGAAGACUGCGCCAUCGCCGUCGAUGCGACAUACUACCUGAGCCAGCUCCUCGACACGUCCCCUGCCCAUGAGCCGCUGUUGUCAGCUCUCGGUGGCCUUACUGGCAUUCAGACACACAUCAACGAGAAUCUUGAUCUUUGGGAUAAGAACCGCAUACAUCCAUUCUUUAUCUUCGAUGGCCAGUCGAUCACAGGCCAGGACGACGUUGGUCUCAAGCGAAGGCGAGCCGCAAACAAGAAGACGGACGAGGCGUGGGACCUGUACUCGAGAUCAGAAGCUGAGCAAGCUGUGGCAACCUUUGGGGCAAAUGCAGGCGCAUAUAUCAUACAAAAUCUGUACCCUCUGUUGCAAGGGAUUUUGAAGAAGAGAGGUCUCCAUUUUCUGGUUCCUCCGUACAAUGCAUGCGCUCAGCUAUCGUACUUUGAGAUGAUUGAUUCCAACCAAUGUGCUGGCGUCAUGGGCCCUCAAGAGCUUCUUCUCUAUCCCAUCAAGGACUCCAUCAUUCGUGGGCUCGAUUUUGAGGCAAACAAGGUAACGGCCCUUUCCAAGAAGAAGGUAAUGCGCGGUCUCGGUGUGGCAGAACCCAUGUUCAUUGACGCACUGCUCAUGAGUGGCACUACCUUCCUUCCCACUUUUCCGCCUCUGUUAGAUGCGUCGAUGUACCCCAGUCAUUACACCAUAAUGGAUGCCGUUAAUAUCCUGAGGACCUCCGACAAAGCAGUGGCGAAUGCUUGUGCCUCCUUCAAUGACAUCCUACAGGCUCAAGAUGCCAACUGGCUGGACAAAUUCAGGAAGGCACGAAUGGCCGUUCACCACUUCAUCUAUAUUGCGGAAAACGGAGACGUUGUUGUCAACGACUCUGAACGCCUCACCAAGGACAAUCACGAGUAUCUCGGUCUCCAACUGCCUGCAGAACUCUUCCAUUACCUCAACACGGGUUUGAUAGGCGCACGCAAUCUGAACAGUAUAACGCACGGUCAGAUUGUUGUGCAACCUACACUGGAUGGCGUGGUAUCCGACGAGUACAAGAACCUUGUCACCACGAAGUUAGUUCCAAUCAAGGAACAGGCUCUUAGCCUGAUGAUUCCCCGAGUUCACCGUGGCAUUGGUCACAAAGACAUCAUUUUGCGCGUCUGGUUCGACCCUAAAUUCUCCCACACGAUUAACCAUCGUGCUCAACAACCGCCUCCUUCGCAACAGGUCGGCACUUGGGACGUAAAGGAGAGCGACGUGCGCAGUGUCUUCCCUGCAGGAUUUGCUGGUCCCAUUUACCUGGAAGUCUUGGCGCUCGCUAAUUCCGAGUUUGUGGCAAAGACUAUUGCCAAGGAAUCCAAGAUUCGGGGCAUUGACACCUUGGAAAUGGUGUCUUCUGUUGCUAUAUGGCGUUUCUUACAUCUGAGAGGCUAUGUGAACGACUCCCAUACACUGACGAAAUGGGGUAAUGCGUUGGCGACGACCUUAUUGACCCUUAAAGACGCUGCCGAGAACCGACCUGAGGUUCCUGGUCUCGACGAGGCAGCUCUCCUUGCUUUUGAGUUGGUUCGACACGGCGUACUAGGAGCUAAGCAUCAGGAAAACAUUGCUGGUUUACCCCGCAGAGGAACUGACGAAGACAAAUCAAGCUUGGUGUUGAUCAGCCAAUGUGCAACACUACUGAAGCUGCGCCAUCAGGUUUAUGGAUACACUGGACCUCUUAACAAGAGUCUACUAGCAUUCCGCUCUCAGUCCUCGGCUGUCCGCGAGGUAGAUCGUGAUUUGAUUGAAGCUAUUGUGGCGUCCAUGUUUAUGUACGGCCAGAGCAAGAGAGACAGAGAGGAUUACCUCGAGAUUAGCCAAAGGCUACCCUUCUUGCAGGAACCCGAUAUUGGAUUGGGAAUUGCUGUCCGAACGUUCUUUGAUGAGGACGAUGCUUCUCACAGCAAGGAGAAGCGAAAUGAACGGCUGGAGGAAUUCCCCAAGACUUUUGUGCCAUUUGCCGAGGCCUUGACGGAUGACUUCCGAAUCUGCGUGGAUUUCGUCAAUGCUCUGAAUCAGGGCAUGCAGAUUCUUGGCCCCGAUGAGCUUCCUGCGGCGGACAAAGCAGCAUGGACCAAGGCACAGGCUUAUCUUGACGCUCGGCCAUUCUGA